GGUGCCGGUGCCGGUGCCGGCAGGGGCCGGGCGGCCGAAUCUCGCCCCCCCCGGUUACCGGAGGGCGACGAUUUUCUCUCCCUUCACGCCGAUUCGGACGAGGAAGGGGAUUUUGGCGCCGACAGCCAACCUGACCCGCGUUGGAAAACCGGGGGGUCCGACCUGCGCCGCAAGAUCCUGAGCCAGCGCCGCCUGCGCGCCCCCCCCUCGCCCCGCUCCCCCUCCGCCGCUUCCCGCAAGAAACCCAAACGUUCCCGGGAACGAGGCGGGGCGGCUUGGGGGGGCAAGAAACCCCCCGAACCCCCCCCCAAACCUAAGGAACGACAUCGCCGCCGGGGUUCCCGCUCCCGUUCCCGCCGGCGUUCCUGGUCGCGGGGUCGGCGUUCCCGUUCGCGGGAAAAACGACGGAGCCGACGGUCGGGGAGCGGCGAGCGCCCCCGGCGCCCCCGCCACAAGGAGAAACACCGGGGCGAAGGGAAGAAGAAAAAGAAGCAACGGUCGCGCUCUCGGGAACGUCGGCCGUCCCGCCGGCCGUCCCGCGAAGGACCGGGGGACCCCAAAACGGAGAAAGGAGGGGAGCCGGCGGCGCGGCGGCGGGAGGCGCGGGCGGUGGUGCCGCCCUCCGUCCAGGAGCUGAACGACGCCGAUCUCUUCGCCAUCAAACGGACCAUCACCGUCAGCCGACGGGAAGGAACGCCGGAACCGGCCAAGCGAGAGGUGCUCUACGAUUCCGAAGGGUUGAGUUUCGAGGGAUUCUCCGACCGGGAACCCCCCGAGGCGCCGGCGCGGGGAGGGAAGGGGGAACCGCGACCGUCGGCGGAGGUCAAGAAGGAGAAGGAGCGGAAGCGGAGCCGGCCGGAGGAGCGUCCCCCCGCCCGCGAGAAGUACAAGAAGAAAUUCAAGGAGACCCCCGGCCGCCCCCUGCCGCCCCCGCCGGAGCCGGCCAAGGGGGAGAAGGAGAAGGCGCCGCGCGGCGAGAGGGAGAAGGCGCCGCGGAAGAGCAAAGGAGGGGGGCACAAGGAAGGGGAGGGGGUCCCCGCCAAGCCCCCCGCUUCCCGUAAGGUGAAGCUGCAAUCCAAGGUGGCCAUCCUCAUCCGGGAAGGCGUCAGCUCCACCACGGCGGCGGGGAAGGAGAGCGGCUCCGGCGGCGGUUCCGGCGGCGGCUCCAUCGGUGUCAAGUUCAGCCGGGACGCCGAGAGCCGGGCGCCUUUUCUCAAACCCGAGGAGAAAGCGGCGGCCGAGGCCAAGGCGGGGGGCAAAGCCGAGCCCCCCAAGGAAACGGGGGGGGUCAAGGUCAAGAAGGCCAAAGCCCCCAAGGCCAAGGCGGGGCUGAAGAAGCCCAAAGGAACCGGCGGCAAAGCCAAGGCCGGCGGCGAGGCGAGGAAGAAGAGGAAGGCCAAGCCCAAGGGCUCGCUCAAGAAGUCCAAGGCGGACAGUUGUAGCCAAGGGGCCGGCAGCCCCCCGCUCCGCCUGCCCCCCAAGGUCGAACCGAUUUGGUCGGGUUCGGAGAAAUCGGGGAGCAGCCCCAAACCCCCCAGCCCACCUCCCGGCAAGACGACG